AUGAACGAGAAGGCCUCCGUCUCCAAGGAGCUCAACGCCAAGCACAAGAAGAUAUUGGAAAGUCUUCUUCGGCUGCCUGAGAAUAGAGAAUGCGCGGACUGCAAGUCGAAGGGUCCUCGAUGGGCAAGUGUGAAUCUAGGGAUCUUUAUAUGUAUGACAUGUUCUGGAAUUCAUAGAAGCCUGGGGGUGCACAUAUCUAAGGUAAGAUCUGCCACCCUGGAUACAUGGCUGCCAGAGCAAGUUGCAUUUAUUCAAUCAAUGGGAAAUGAAAAAGCAAAUAGCUAUUGGGAAGCAGAGCUGCCUCCUAACUAUGAUAGGGUUGGGAUAGAGAAUUUCAUCCGUGCAAAAUACGAGGACAAGAGAUGGGUACCGAGGAAUGGAACAUCACGACCUUCCUCCGGUGUUCGAGAUGAGAAGAGCCAAGAGUCUCCGGCUAGUGCUAAUAGGAGUGGACAUGGUCAUAGAUCUUCAUUUGAGCAAAACCGUGGUUCACCAGCUCUUCCGAGCAAAGUUGCACCUGUAGCUUCAAGGAUACCCUCUCAGGCAUCACCUCAGCCCCCAAAGGUAGAACCACCAGUUCCUAAGGUGGUUUCACCUCAGCCACAGAAAUCUCCUGCCAAAGUUGAGGCAACACCCCCUAAAGUUGAGAAGCCAUCUGUUGUGCCACCUCCUAAAGUUGAUUAUGCUACUGAUCUCUUUAACAUGUUAUCAAUGGAUGGAACAACAGAGAAAGAGUCAGAGUCAUCUUCAAACGAUGAUAAUGCUUGGGAUGGCUUCCAGUCUGCACAACCAGUACCUAGCUCAGAGAAAAAAGAUUCUGCCAAACCAGCAGAAAGCAAGACCCAGUCAACAUCUGGAAUAGAAGACUUAUUUAAAGACUCACCAGCUGUGUCAAUAUCCUCAGCUCCAGCUGUUUCCCAAGUAAAUGCGAAGAAUGAUAUCAUGAGUUUGUUUGAGAAGUCCAAUAUGGUAUCUCCAUUUGCUGCCCAUCAGCAGCAGCUGGCGUUUAUGUCUCAGCAGCAAGCUCUUCUAAUGGCUGCUCUUAAAGCUGGAAAUGCACCACAAAUGAUUCCAGGGAAUGCCAAUCAGCUAAAUGCUAAUGGUUCUAAUCCCCCUCUUGGAACCUUGCCUUUCCAAAACUGGACAAAUCUUGGUUAUCAAAAUCCUGGGUUGACUCCAGCAGCAGCACAGAAUGGUGCCACCAAGGUUGCGAACAACAAUCAGGACUUUUCUUCUGGUACCUUUGGUUUUGGCACUCCUGGGGUGUACAACACUGGUUUAGCUGUCCCAGCAAAUGGGGCCACGGCAGCAGGUGCUAGCAACAACGGCACUGCAUCAACUGCAUCUUCUACUCUCCCCGCACAAUCUGGCAAAGAUUACGAUUUUUCCUCGUUAACUCAAGGAUUUUUCACCAAACGAUGA